AUGACGAACAAGGGCAAAUCAAAUGCAAAGGGAAAAGCUCCCGCCGGGAAAGAUUCCGACGGGAAACGCAAGCGCGGUUACGACGACGACAAAACCGGCGGCCUCAAGAGGAAGAAUCGAGGAGUCGUCCAGUUCUUCGAAGACGAAGCAGACGACGUCGACGACAGCGAAGAGAGUGACUACAGUGAUCUCAGUGAUGAUUCUUAUGAGGAUGAAUUUGAAACUUUGUCAACGAGGAAUGUGUCGGAUAAGGGUCAGAGUAGCUUCCCCUCUGUCCCUAAACAGGAGCUUGUGGAUGAAGUAGAAUAUGAUAGAAUGGUGGAAGAACAAAUGGGUUCUAGGUUUUUCACUUUUGCUGAUGAUGGUGAUGAUGAGUUUGAGGAUAAACCAAUGGACCAGAGUGCUCUACAUCAUGCUCUUAAGGAAUCAAUUCCAACCAUAUGGAAAGUUAAAUGCACUGUUGGGCGGGAGAGGCUUUCGGCCAUCUGUUUGAUGCAGAAGUUUGUUCACCUGAAAUCACUUGAUAGUAAAUUGCAGAUAAUAUCUGCCUUUGCUGUAGAUCACAUGAAAGGAUAUGUUUACGUUGAAGCUGAAAGGCAAUGUGAUAUAAAUGAGGCAUGUAAAGGGAUGAAUGGUAUUUAUGCUACUCGGGUGCAACCUGUUCCGAGAAAUGAAGUUUUUCAUUUGUUCUCUGUUAAAAUUAAAAAGCCGGAAAUUUCUGAGGGUAUGUGGGCUCGCGUAAAAGCUGGUAAUUACAAGGGAGACUUAGCACAGGUUGUAGCAGUGAAUAAUACGCGCAAAAAAGUUACCGUGAAGCUGAUUCCAAGAAUAGACCUACAGGCUCUGGCUGCCAAAUUCGGUGGAGGAUGUCGCCAAAAAAACUCGGUACCAGCACCAAGAUUAAUCAGCUCCAGUGAACUUGAGGAGUUCCGACCUCUGAUCCAAAUUAGACGCGACCAGGACACAGGCAAGGUUUUUCAGGUUCUUGAUGGUUUGCUCCUCAAAGAUGGAUAUGUAUAUAAGAAAGUAUCUCCAGAUUCAUUAAGUUUUUGGGGUGUUGUUCCCACUGAGGAGGAGCAAUUAAAAUUCGGGUCUUCUGAAAACAAUGAAUCAAAUGAUAUGGAGUGGCUUUCUAAUAUUUAUGGUGACACAAAGAAAAAACGGGUAAUAACAGCUGACAAGGGCGAUGGCAAAGGAGAGGGCUCAUCAGGUUCAGGAAAAGAUUUUGAAUUAUUUGCUCUUGUGUGUUUUCGCAAAAAGGACUUUGGUGUGAUAAUAAGCACGGAUAAAGAUGGUACUUACAAGAUUCUUAGAGAGAGUUCAGAAGGACCCGCUGCUGUAACUGUUGAACGAAACGAAAUAAAAAGUGCGCUGUGUGAUCUUAAACUUAGUGCCCAAGACCUGCACAGUAAGACUAUAAUUGUUAAUGAUAAUGUUAAGGUUCUGGAGGGUCCAUCCCAGGGUAAACAAGGUGUAGUUAGGCAUAUCUAUCGUGGGAUUGUUUUUGUGUAUGAUGGAAAUGAGGAAGAGAAUGGUGGUUACUUCACAGCUAAAGCUAUUAUGUGUGAGAAAGUCAAGCUUGCUGUUGGUGAUUUCAGUGGAACGGGAAAGGAUGAACCAGGCCCUUUAGUCUUUGAUGACCAACCAUCAUCACCAAGGUCACCACUAUCACCGAAAAAGCCAUGGCAAGCAAGAGAAAGUGAUCGCGAGUUUAACCGUGGGGACAGUGACAGCUUGUUUGCUAUUGGCCAGACCUUGAGAAUUAGGAUAGGUCCUUUGAAGGGAUACCUCUGCCGUGUCACUGGCAUACGUCGCUCUGAUGUUACUGUGAAACUAGAUUCUCAACAAAAGUUUCUUACAGUUAAAUCUGAGCACCUUUCCGUGGUUCAAGGGAAGAGUACUGCAGUGUCAACAAGUGAUGAUCCAGAUUCGAGUUCAUUGAAGCCAUUUGAUUUGCUGGGUGGCGCUGAAGGCGGCUCUGGAGGUUGGAUGAAUAGUAAUGCGGGAACAUCCACUGGAGGCGGUGGAUGGAAUGCUGGAGAAACCUCCAGCGGAGGCGGUGGUUGGAAUGCUGGACAAACCUCCACUGGAGGCGGUGGUUGGAAUGCUGGACAAACCUCCACUGGAGGCGGUGGAUGGAAUGCUGGAGAAACGUCAGCUGAAAGGAGUGCAUGGUCUAACCCUUCAGCUCCAAGUUCUGUGCCAGGGUCUACCUCGGAUCCCCCCAGCUCUCAGGGUAAUGCAGAAGAUAACGGCUGGGCCACUAAAAAUACUUCAACUCCAAAGCCCUCAUGGGGUGCUGCAGAGAACACAGGAGUCACAUCUGAGCCUGACCAGUCUGGUGGCUGGGGAAAAGGUGGAGGCAGCUUGGGUCAGGCAGAGAUUAAUGACAAUCAGAAUACUGCCUGGGGCACUAAAAGUACUUCAACUCCAAAGCCCUCAUGGGGUGCUGAUGUGAACAAUGGAACCACAUCUGAGCCAGAUCAAUCUGGUGGAUGGGGAAAAGGUGGAGGCAGCUCGGGUCAGGCAGAGCUUAAUGACAAUCAGAAUACUUCCUGGGGCACUAAAAGCACUUCAACUCCGAAGCCCUCAUGGGGCGCUACAGUGAGCACUGGAACCACAUCUGAGCCAGAUCAAUCUAGUAGAUGGGGAAAAGGUGGAGGCAGCUCGGGUCAGGCAGAUCUUAAUGACAAACAAAAUACUUCCUGGGGCACUAAAAGUACUUCAACUCCGAAGUCCUCGUGGGGUGCUGCAGCAAACACUGGAACCACAUCUGAGCCAGAUCAAUCUGGUGGAUGGGGAAAAGGUGGAGGCAGCUCGGGUCAGGCAGAUCUUAAUGACAAUCAAAAUACUUCCUGGGGCACUAAGAGUACUUCAACUCCGAAGCCCUCGUGGGGUGCUGCAGCAAACACUGGAACCACAUCUGAGCCAGAUCAAUCUGGUGGAUGGGGAAAAGGUGGAGGCAGCUCGGGUCAGGCAGAUCUUAAUGACAAUCAAAAUACUUCUUGGGGCACUAAGAGUACUUCAACUCCGAAGCCCUCGUGGGGUGCUGCAGCAAACACUGGAACCACAUCUGAGCCAAAUCAAUCUGGUGGAUGGGGAAAAGGUGGAGGCAGCUCGGGUCAGGCAGUUCUUAAUGACAAUCAAAAUACUUCCUGGGGCACUAAAAAUACUUCAACUCCAAAGCCCUCAUGGGGUGCUGCAGAGAACACCAGAGUCACAUCUGAGCCUGAUCAGUCUGGUGGCUGGGGAAAAGGUGGAGGCAGCUCGGGUCAGGCAGAGAUUAUCGACAAUCAGAAUACUGCCUGGGGCACUAAAAGUACUUCAACUCAAAAACCCUCAUGGGGCGCUGCAGUGAACACAGGAGUCACAUCUGAGCCUGAUCAGUCUGGUGGCUGGGGAAAAGGUGGAGGCAGCUCGGGUCAGGCAGAGAUUAACGACAAUCAGAAUACUGCCUGGGGCACUAAAAGUACUUCAACUCCGAAGCCCUCAUGGGGUGCAAGUGAAGGCACUAAUUGGGGAAGCAAUGAAGGUCCAAGUGAAACUUCUGAUGGCGGAGGUGGGGGGAGGGGAGGUUACCGUGGUAGAGGUUCCUCUGAUAGAGGUGGCUUUAGAGGUAGAGGGUUUCGGGGUAGAGGGGAACGUGGGGGCUUUGGUGGUAGAGGUAGAUCAGAUAAUGAAGGUUUUGGUGGUAGAGACAGAGGAUUUGGAGGAGGCAGAGGCCGUGGAAGGAAUGACCGACCUGGUGGUUGGAACAAUAGUCGUGAUUCUUGCGAGGAUGGAUCCUCCGGCUGGAAGAAUAAUAGUGGGUCUGGGGCUUGGAACCAGAAUAGUAGUGACAAGAAGGAUGGAGGGAACUGGAGCCAUGAUAAUGCAGAUAAGGAGCGUUCAAGUAAUGCUGGAGGUGGGAGUAAUAUGCCGUGGCAGAGCCAGUCUUCAGCAAGUGGUGGAGCUAGCGGUGGUUGGAACAGUGAUGGGCCAGGACAGGGGACAGAGGAUAAAGGCGGUGCUGGCUGGGCAAAGGGAACGGAUUCCGGUGCUGGCUGGGCAAAGGGAAUGGAUUCCGGAGCUGGCUGGGCAAAGGGAACGGAUUCCGGUGCUGGCUGGGCAAAGGGAACCGAAUCUGCUCCAGAUAAGGGUCAAUCGUCUAGUUGGAAUGAUUCUGCAGCAAAUGGUGCUGCAGGUUCGUGGGGCAAGAAAAAUGACGGUGGUAGCAAAGGUGGAUGGUAA